AUGUCACGGACAUUAAUUCACAUAGGGAAAAUUUAUGAUUCCCAUAGUCAUGCACACAGGAUAUAUGACAUUACAAGUAAGAUAAAUUUUUUUUAUAUCCUGAAGAAAGGAAUUAGCUACACAGAAUAUAACAGAAGGAAUAGUAAUUCGAAGGAUUUUUAUUUGUACGAUUUAUACAAAUCUGUAGAGAAUUGCAAAACUGGAAAUAACUUGUACAAAUUGAGUUGUAAAAUAAAAAACUGUCAAAUAUACGAUUUGUGUAUAUGGAGAUUAAUUGAACAGAAGUUUUAUGAAUUUCAUAAGGAACUAAAGCCAAAAGAAAUAUCAUCCAUUAUUAAUCAUUUUAAACAAAUAAAAAUUAAUGAUAAUAAAAUAUAUGAAAAUUGUAUCGAUAUAAUUCUCCCUACUAUUGGAAAAUAUUCCAUACGUGAUUUAUCUGUUUUAUGCUUAUCUCUUACAUAUUUUAGUAAAGUUAAUACAUUUUUUAUGAACACAAUAGCAGAUUCUAUAAUUAAAAUAUAUGAAAAUGAAAAGACUAAUAUUCAUAACCUAAGUAAAAAAAGCUUGCAACAAAAUUUCAUUUCUUAUGUACAUAUAAUUGGCGCAUAUAGCAAAGCAGGAAUUAAAAAUAUAGAAUUAUUUAAAAUAGCUUCUGUAUAUAUUUAUGAAACCCUUAAUUCCGAUAUAUAUGUAGCUCCAAAUUAUAUUAUCAAGAUAGUAAAAUCCUAUUCGAAUGUUAAAAUAAAGCACAGCAAAAUAUUCGAACUAAUAGCCAAACAAAUCCCCACGAUCAAAAUUACGGAUGAAGAAUUAAAGAGCAUAAAGCAGAGCUUGGACCAACUGAAUUACUCAAACGAGACCCUCGAUAAGUACAUCCAAUACAGAUUAUCCUAA